CCGACAUGGGAACCUUAGGGAAGAGGAGAGAAAACCAGUGAGUUCCUCGUUGCUGUUUUAUUCUCCUGCGGCGGCGGCGGGACGGUGGCUCGCCGCGGGGCAGGCUGCGGUCGGCAGCAGCGGCUUUCGGGACAACACGGCGCCGAGCCCAAGAGCUUGACGUGCCCCCGGGGCGGUGGGGACAGGCAACCUGCCCAAGCAUGCAGCACUGCCCCUGAACCAGCGCUUGAGCUGAAGCAGAUCAGUCAUUGUCCCAGCCUUUCAAAUCUCACCCAGGGCACGAUGGUACCACUGGGGCACUUAGCCAAAGGGGCCACUUUGGAAGAUCUUCUUGAAACCUGCAUUCAGUCUUUUGAUUUAGAAGGAAAUGCAUGUCAGAACAACCAGCUGCUAAAGAUAAUUCUGACCAUGCAUCAGUUUAUCAUCUCAUCUGCAGACAUGCUUCAGAAACUCAUUGAUCUCUAUCUUAAUGCUUUAGAAAAGAAAUCUUCCAUGCUGUGUGUGAAGAUAUGCUAUUUUGUGAGGUACUGGAUCACAGAAUUCUGGGUUAUGUUCAAAAUGGACUCUAAACUAUCCACAACUAUGGAGGAAUUUCAAGAACUGGUUAAAGCUAAUGGUGAGGAGUUACACUGUCGUCUAAUUGACACAACUCAAAUAAAUUCUAGGGAUUGGUCUAGAAAGCUGACACAGCGUGUAAAGGCCAACACCAGUAAGAAACGGAAAGUCUCGCUUCUUUUUGACCACCUUGAGCCAGAGGAGCUGUCAGACCACCUUACCUAUCUUGAAUUUAAGUCUUUCAGAAGAAUAUCAUUCUCAGAUUAUCAGAACUACAUUGUGAAUAGUUGUGUGAAGGAGAAUCCAACCAUGGAAAGAUCAAUUGCCCUUUGCAAUGGUGUGUCUCAGUGGGUGCAGCUAAUGGUUCUCAGCAGACCGACACCACAGCUUCGGGCUGAAGUGUUCAUCAAGUUCAUUCAUGUUGCACAGAAGCUCCACCAGCUGCAGAAUUUCAAUACAUUGAUGGCAGUGAUAGGAGGUCUCUGUCACAGUUCCAUUUCCAGACUCAAGGAAACAAGCUCAUGCAUUCCUCAUGAUGUAAUUAAGGUGUUUAAUGAAAUGACGGAACUGCUUUCAUCUUACAGAAAUUAUGACAGUUACCGACGGGCCUAUAACGAGUGCACUAACUUUAAGAUUCCAAUCCUUGGGGUCCACCUGAAAGACUUGAUAUCACUUUAUGCAGGCAUGCCAGACUACUUAGAGGACAAGAAAAUUAACAUAUACAAACUAUACUCUCUGUAUAACCACAUAAAUGAGCUGAUACAACUCCAGGAAAUGCCACUUCCCCUGGAGGCUAAUAUGGACCUUGUUCAUUUGCUUACACUGUCCCUUGAUCUUUACUACACAGAAGAUGAAAUUUAUGAGCUUUCGUAUGCACGAGAGCCACGAAGUCACCGAGCUGCCCCUUUGACACCUUCCAGACCACCAGUAGUUGCAGACUGGGCCUCAGGAGUAGCCCCAAAACCUGAUCCAAAAACUGUCAGCAAACAUGUUCAGAGGAUGGUAGACUCUGUCUUCAAAAAUUAUGACCAUGAUCAGGAUGGAUACAUUUCCCAGGAAGAAUUUGAAAAGAUAGCUGCCAGUUUUCCAUUCUCAUUUUGUGUAAUGGCUAAGGACUGGGAAGGUCUGAUUAGCAGGGAUGAAAUAACAGCUUACUUUAUGAGGGCUAGCUCAAUCUAUUCUAAAUUAGGACUUGGCUUUGCUCACAGCUUUCAAGAGACUACCUACCUAAGGCCUACUUUCUGCGACAACUGUGCUGGAUUUCUAUGGGGAGUCAUUAAACAAGGAUACAGAUGCAAAGACUGUGGAAUGAACUGUCACAAGCAAUGCAAAGACCUGGUUGUGAUAGAGUGCAAGGGAAGACCCAAAACUUCAGUUGCAGACAACAGCCCAACAUCUGCUCUUGCUUCAAGCCUCUGCCCAGUAGGAGUCAAAGAGCAAUUCCAAGUUCAAGAAGAAGGACCGUUCACAUUUCCGAAUGGAGAAGUAGUGGAACACAAUGAAGACAGCAAGGAUCGAACCAUUAUGCUCAUGGGCUCCUCAGCUCAGAAAAUCUCAGUGAGACUGAAACCAGCUGUGGUUCAUACAGGUACACAGACUGAUCUUGUACUGCUGGCUGGUGAAGUAUCUCGUAGGCAGAGAGAGAAGAAAGAACACAGGACGACAGAAAGUCCUUAUCUCCAGGCGGCUCCAACAUCCCAUUGGCCAAGCCCGCUUCUAGGCCGCAAAAAGGCAUAUGUUAAAUGGGAAAACAAGGACUCCAGUCAGAAAAUUAAGGAGGAGCAUCACAGCUGUAAAUCCUCAUACCAGGAACUCGAGCAGGAAAGAAAUAUUCUUAAGGCAAACAAUGAAAGUUUAAAGAUCCAACUGGAACAGGCACAUAAAACAAUUGAAUCUCUCACAAUCCAGAGAAGAAACCACAUAGUCAACAACCUACAGCACAGAGACGGCUCCUAGCAGAGAAGAGAGGAAAUCUCCUAUGGAAGAAUAUAAGACUGAAGGAGGGGUUGUGACAAAGCUGCUUUACCAAGUGAACUGGAGGGAGAGCCUGAAGGAUGUUAAACAGGAAUAUUCUCUUUACUCAUCAUAUUUCCAUAUCAAAAAUACACUCCAAAAUGCGUAAAUCAAUUCCUUUGACUUUUUAAGGAAAUUUAGCAUUAUCUGUGCAGUAAAAAUAGUAACUUCUGGGUUUGCUUUUGCAAGGAGCGACACUGUUGCGGAAGUUUCUGUUCAUGAUGAAGACCAUGUAGAUUCUCCAGUGACUUGGCUGCCCACAGCACACUUACUCUGCAAGUGUUCCGACAAAGUAGCUAUUCACAAGAUUGCGUAACCUCAGAUUUGGCCCAAAUUCAGGUCUGUAGAAACAAGUGUUUGAUAAAGCUGUAGAAAUAUUCCAUUAAGAGAAACAGCUCCUUCUUAUUGGGGCUGAAACCAUUUAAAAUUGUGAACUGUCAUCCUUAUUUCCUAACUUUAACAAGAACAUUAAAAUAAAUGGUUAAGCUAAUGACAUUUGAUUCUUAGACUUAAGAUAAACUGACAUUUUUUUGAAAACUCUUUCAGAGCUUUGGAAGUCCUGCUCCUCAAACCCUUACUUAAGGUAAAAUAGAUAAGAUUAUGGAGAAUUUACAUGGAAUAGUUUCCAUUUUUGUGUUGCAUGCCACAGCUUUGAACACUUAGCACCACUUAUUUGGCUUAAGGUAUAACUUGUUGUCCACAUACAGUAGACAUGAGAUAAGGUUGAUUAUUUCUUUCCUACAUCCAAGUGGACGCCAUUGUUGAGCAGAACCCUGAGAGCCAUAUUAUGAGGGAAACUGUAGAGUAAUUCCAGUGGAACAGUUACUGUAUUCCAGAGCUCCUAACAUCUUCUGAUUCUAACCAGGUUUUCUCAGUUUUCUCUCUCCUAAAUUUCACAUGCACUUUAGGUAAAGAGUCAAGAUGAGUGUGCUUUUCUGUGUGUAUAUUUUGUAUAGUAAAAAGGUGCUGGGGAGGUAACUUGGUGUUCUUAUUGUUAAGAGACAACAAAACAGUCUUUCAAGUUACUGAUAAAUCUACUUGUCAUUUAAAAAUUGCAUUUGCAUUCUAAGAGAAUCUGUACAUUUAUAGUUGUAAAAAAACUUGCAUUUAUUAAACAGGGAUUUGUCAUCACACAUUUAAAGUCAGAAACUUAUAACUUUGAUAUAUUUAUCUGCAAAGUCCACUUAAUACUCCUCAGAACUUGUAAGUUACAAGUCCAUUAUACAUAAAUUGAAAUUUAGUAUGUGUGCUUUGUGUUCAAUGGUAUAAAUGUAUGUUCCAUCCACAAUUUACAGUCAUUAUCCAGUAUAUGAAUACUUUAUUUAUAAACAAAAUCCAUUUGAAAUUACUUGACAGUUUAGUGAUUCUGAAUUGUUGUUCUGAACUUGGAUUGUGCUUGCAUCUCCACGUAUUGGUAAAAACAAAUAGAGGGAAAUAGUAAUAGCAGUAGAUUUUCUGUUACCUUACUGUAAAUAACUGAAAUGCAUAGACAAAAAAUCAGCAGCGGUGAAGACCGCAGCUUUUUUUCCUCAUACACUAAACCCGAAUUAUAAAUAAUUAACAUGGAAUUGCACUUUGAUCCAUGAAGCAAUUGCAAUGGCUUUCAGAUCAUGUCUGCAAACUUGCUUUGCCCAUUUUCUGUAAGUUUCUUGAUUUUGUCUUCUCUUCAGGGAACUACAGCAAAACAUAUUUCUAACAGGCAUUUAGCAAAUAAAAGUCUGUUUCUGCAACAAUUAAAAUAAACAAGAUAAAAGCUGAAUAUGUUUUCACAUAUUUUGAAAAUACCCUGAAAGAAGGGCUAAGACUCAUCUUGUGCAGCUACGACAAUUGCUUGCUUGUGGUCUAAACUCUGGAUUCUAAUAGUAUUUGUGUGUAUGCAUAUACUGUCUGUGCUGGGGGGGGUGGAGAUCAUGAACAAACUCCUACUUAAGAAGAAAAUUAUCUAUCAGGAGCUGUCCCAAAGGCUACUGUGUUACUAGCUUGAGUACUUAAUACUCAACAAUGAGUUAUGACCAUGGAUUUGUACAGUCUUAAAUGCUCACAGUAUUCCCUCUGUGUUGUCUGCUUGUUCCUACAAACAAAUUACUUCCAAGGCAUCUGUUUGCAGGAAUGUCUUACAGAACAAGUAUGUGGUGCUUUGCGUAUGCUGCAAACUUUCUGCUUCAAAACAGGCAGUUGGUACCUGGAGAAUUUCAGAGUUCUCGGAGUACCUUCAGGUUCUCUGUUUGCCCAAAGCCCCUUACAGUUUUUUUUUUUAAGUGGUUGCGGUGCCUUCUUACUUCUUUUGGGAUUUCUUUUUGCCACAUGAAAGACUCAUAGCAGAAACUGACUACAAGGAUAGUGCUAAAACUGACAAAGCUACUGAACAAAAAUCACACACAUCUGUAUUAGUCUUUGAGCUGCUUUAUGCUAGGAAAAAAGAUACAAUUAAACUGCUAAGUGCUGUUUAAAGUCAUAUUAGCAAACACUGAUCUUGAAUUUAUCUUGUCAUGGCCACUGUAAAUGAAAAGCACUCACCUUUACUCCUCUGGGCUCAGCUAUGUUUCUUGUACCUACAGGAAGUAAGGAAAAACAAGUGUCCCCACCCCUCCCAAUUACUGUUUAAUUUUUAAGUGUGAAUUCUGAUUGUUUAAAGAUACAAGUAAAUAGGUUGAGUAAUGUCACAAUUAACAAGGCAUGACUACUGUUCAUAUUCAGAUUAAACACAACUGCCUGUAGAGUAGCUCAUAUAUGUAUUUUGGAAAUACAUUUUUGUACAGCAGCAAUCUUAUUUUGUUGUAACUGAUCUCUAUGGUAACUUGAAAAAAAUUUUGGUUUAAUGUUGUUGGAGAAGAUUGAAAAACUGUACAGAUUGUAAAGACUUUAUAUAAAUUGUAAGAUUUUGGGUUAAUAUUUAUAAUAGAAAAAAUAUUAAAAUUGCA